UACCUUCAACUCGAGGCGCAGCAUCGCCAGGCCUUCUGGGAAACCACUCUUUAUCUCCCGAUCACGGCCGCGCAGCGUCGGGACCCGAUCGUUGAGCAAUAUCAUCGCGAUCGCAGAGCCCAACGGAUCCGUCUCGGUGAUUGGUGGCGCCGACUCCUCGACGCGAUGUUGCCCAUGAUGCGAGAGAUGUGGGCAGACGUCGAUCUGCUGCUGGACCCGUUCUUCUUGCAGAUCCCGGUGCGACAGCGGGACGCUCACCAAGGUAAACCGACCGACCUCCGAACGGCCCUGAUCGAGGCCGACACCCAUGACCCCUGGCGGAACCAGUAUCGCGACCACCCCCAGGACCACCCAGCCCAACGGAUCCCGCGCCUCCGCAACAAGUUCAACCCCAACGUCGCGCCCCGCACCAGCCAUGGCAUGAUCGCCGUCUCUGUGAUCGACUUCCGUAAGUAG